CUGGGGUCAGGAGCAGCUGAGUUAGCGACCAAGCCACCAAGGAACAGAGCGAAGGAGGAAAUCUAAUCUCUUCUGGAGGGGGAGGAGGAAUUGUUUGUGUUUAUCAACCUUUUUUUCCCCCGGCAUUACUUUUUGCUGUGUUCUGAGUUAAGGCUCUUCCUGCCUGCCCGGCUCGUUAGCAGAAGCAUGGUGAAGGUCUUUUAGCCAACGUCACCAUGUUCAGCAAGAAGAAGAAACGCGUUGAGAUCUCUGCUCCCUCAAACUUCGAGCACCGGGUCCACACUGGGUAUGACCAACAAGAGCAGAAGUUCACCGGGCUGCCGAGGCAAUGGCAGGGCAUCAUCGAGGAGUCGGCAAAGAGACCCAAGCCACUGGUGGAUCCUGUGUACAUCACGGCUAUUCAGCACGGCUCGCAGAAGACCAUCGUGCGGGGAAACAAAACCGCUAAGGACGGCUCCCUGACCUGGCUGCUGGAUGAGUUUGAGAACAUGUCGGUGUCCCGCUCCAACUCGCUGCGCCGGGACAGCCCCCCCCUCCAGCCCCGCCGCGACCAGCUCUUCCACCAGAACGGCCUCAACGAGGGGCCGGCCAAAGCCCAGCCCGUCGAGGACAGGAAUAAGGACCACAGAGAGAGGACUCGCCAUGAGGCCAGGAACGAGCUGGAUCGGGACAGGGAGAGGAACCGGGACAGGGAGGAGAACCGGGCCCACCCACAGCAGCCCCGAGGGCAGGAGCCCGGCAGCAAAUCCACCAAGCACCCUGGCGGCAGGCCGCCCCCUCCUGAGUACCACAAGCCCUCUAAGGAGGGCAGGCCCAGAGCCCAUGACCGGGAUGGCAGGCGGGACUGCCCGGCGGAGAGGGACUACAGCCAGCCGGCCGACCGCGUGGUCAGGAGGGAUCGCAACGACGCCUCCGACAAGAGACCCAAGUCCACGUACACCGGGGAGAAAAGCCCGCAGUCCCCGCGGGACAAACGCCCGCUCUCCGGGCCCAAUAUCCGGACUCCAAACAUCCCCGUCUCCGAAGGGGUGAUGAAGACAGCUCAGCAGACCGGCCGGCCUUUUAAUACGUACCCACGAGCUGAGACUGACCCUGUCAGGGGCACAGGUUCUCAGGCAGAGCCCAGGUCUGCGAGGCCCCAGGAAAUGACGUCCAACGGGCCAGUAAGCGGGAGCAGUAGCUCCUCCAGGGUCCACCAGCCAGGCCAGCCGAGGUCCAAAAACCCAGAGCCGCCCCACCCGGGAAUCUCCCCACACGCAUCAGAGCCCCACUUAACUCGCAUCCCCCAGCCAACUCCCCAGCCAUCUUAUUCUCAGCAGCAGCCGCCGCCGCCGCCUCCCCCCACGGCCUCCCAGCAGCCCCGCUCCCCGCAGCGCGAGCCCCAGCGGGUCUCCCACGAACAGUUCCGAGCCGCCCUGCAGAUGGUGGUCGACCCGGGCGACCCCCGGACCUACCUGGACAACUUCAUUAAAAUCGGCGAAGGCUCCACGGGCAUCGUCUGCAUCGCCACGGUCAAGAGCACGGGGAAGCUGGUGGCCGUGAAGAAGAUGGACCUGCGGAAGCAGCAAAGACGCGAGCUGCUGUUCAAUGAGGUGGUGAUUAUGAGGGACUACCCGCACGAGAACGUGGUGGAGAUGCACAACAGCUACCUGGUGGGGGACGAGCUGUGGGUGGUGAUGGAGUUCCUGGAGGGCGGAGCGCUGACGGAUAUCGUAACGCACACCAGGAUGAACGAAGAGCAGAUCGCCGCUGUCUGCCUGGCUGUCCUGAAAGCACUUUCUGUCCUCCACGCCCAGGGGGUCAUCCACCGAGACAUCAAGAGUGACUCCAUCCUGCUCACCCACGAUGGCAAGGUGAAGCUCUCUGAUUUUGGGUUUUGCGCGCAAGUGAACAAAGAGGUCCCGCGGCGGAAGUCGCUGGUGGGAACCCCCUACUGGAUGGCGCCAGAGCUCAUCUCCCGACUACCUUACGGCCCAGAGGUGGAUAUCUGGUCCCUCGGCGUGAUGGUGAUCGAAAUGGUGGAUGGAGAGCCCCCUUAUUUCAAUGAGCCCCCCUUAAAGGCAAUGAAGAUGAUCCGGGAUAACCUGCCCCCCAAACUUAAAAAUGUGCACAAGGUUUCUCCUUCCCUCAAAGGAUUCCUGGACCGCUUGCUGGUGAGAGACCCGGUCCAGCGAGCCUCCGCCACCGAACUCUUGAAACACCCCUUCCUGGCGAAGGCCGGGCCUCCUUCCAGCAUCGUGCCGCUCAUGCGGCAGAACCGGAUGAGAUGAGAGUGCCGGCUGCACCCGAGAGAGAGAGAGACGCGUACGCCGUCUGACCGCUCCCUACGCGGCCGCCCUGCCUCGGCCCCUGGCCCUCCGUUCUCCAGGGCGCUGCUGCCGUUCUCUUCGGCCGCCGCGGCAGGGACGGCGGCUCCCGACAGCCAGAGCAGCAGCAGGAGCGUCCGGCUCUCUCGGUCCCUCCGGGUUUCCGGCGACGGCCCGUUCCCGGCGGGGCCAGCGCUUCCGCUAACUGGAUUUACAACUGUGCCACUACUGUCAUGUCUGUGGCAGGAGCUCUCCUGCCCGUCGCACCAUACUGCUGAGUGGAGGGGGGUGGGGGGCCCAGCUGGGGGUGGGGGGGGUAGGUUUUUUUAAUGACUUUACAAUUUCUGAUCAAAACGGUAGUUUUUACACACACACAAAGCCGAGGCGGGGCCGGGAGCGACAGACACUAAGCAACUCAACACUGGAACGUCCAGCCACGGCUAGAAGCGGCUUUGCCUGGUCCUCUGGCUGCAGGCUCAAUCUUCCCCAGGCCGGGCCAGGAGCGGUCGGGGUAGGUAGGAGCGGUUUUGUGUAGCUCCGUAGCACUUGGGUUUCUUCAGUAGGGUGGGCACCAGCGGCAGGGCCUCCUUCCCGGCGGGAGGGAGGAUGCCUCUAGAUGCAGC